GCCUGCUCUACUGCUGUAAUAAAUGUCCGCAUAGACUUCCUGGUUUCUCAUUGUGGAAGGAACCCCUACAACCUUACACAUCAUGGCUGCCCUGAAGCAGGUCUGCGAAUCUCAGCCGUUCGGACGGAACUUGUUGAAGAAUCCGUCGCCUUACGGUUUGACUCACAAAACCCCUCCUCCAGAAGUAGAGCUCAGUGAAGUCCCCCCACAGGGACCUCCCCGUUUCCAAGCCGAAGGUAACUACACUGACUGGACUACCAGAGUAGAACGUCUCCCCUUAGAUAGAAGUAGAAUACCCCAGGGCGCGGCUGUGUGCGGUUUACCCGAGUACAGCUGGUUCACUCUGGAGCAGCGGGUGGACCUGAAGGCAGAAGGAAUUUGGGAUGAGUUGCUGGAUAAAUCUCAGCCAGACAUUGAAAUACAAGACUGGUAUGAGGAGAGCCAGGUGCAUGAGCACAUCUACCAGCUGCAUGUCAAGUUACUGACCGCCGACGGCCAGACGGUCAUCUCAGAGCACCAUGUCGAGCCUACCGAGGACCGCUCCAACUACAAACACACCUGGAAAGAGGUGUCGCAUGUGUUCACAGGCUAUGGUCCUGGGGUGAGGUACGUCCUCUUUAGCCACCGAGUGAAGAACAUGUUCUUAAAUGAGUUUUUCCCUACCCUUGUUACCGACAGCUCAGUCACUGUCAAAAAUACCAAAUUCAAAUGAUCAGUCCAUAACUCAUAUUAUAUGGAGAAAGAACAUAUCACUGAAUAUUUCAAGUCAGUGCAUGUAUUAUUUUCUUACAGUAGCCUACAUUCAUCAUUUUAUUAUCUGAAGAAAUUGCCUUAUUUUGAUUUUGUAGAUUACGAUAUUAAAAUGUUGGCUACUGUUUAAUCUAUUAAACACAUUUUAAUCAUGAUAA